UGCCCCAUCAUUGGUAUCAGUGGCAGGAAUAGUGCCCCGUCAUUAGUAUCAUUGGGGGGAAUAGCACCCCAUCAUUGGUGUCAGUGGAAUAGUGCCCCAUCUUUGGUGUCAGUGGGAGGAAUAGUAUCCCAUCAUUGGUGUCAGUGGGGGGGGGGAAUAGUGCCCCAUCGUUGGUGUCAGUGGGGGGGGAGGAAUAGUAUCCCAUCAUUGGUGUCAGUGGGGGGUGGAAUAGUGCCCCAUCAUUGGUGUCAGGGGCAGGAAAAGUGUCCCAUCGUUGGUGUCAGUGGGAGGAAU